UAUCCAUGUUAUGGAUUUCGUCGUUCCAUUAGACUGUUAGUUGAUAACUUGAUAUUAAAAUCUCAGUUUGGAAGUUGCCAUAGUAGUACUUGAUAUGACCAGGCUGUUACAAUCUCAGAACUGAUGUAUCUUUAUCCAUUUAUUACUUGUAUAGGUGCAAACAGAUACUUCUAUUUGUGCUUGAAUGAUUUGAUUGCUUUCGGUGGAGGUGCAAGCUUUGCUCUGUGCUUGAACGAAGAUCUAUUAUCUGGAACCAGUGGCCCUUGUGAAACAUUUGGGAACUCGUGUUUAGCUCAUGUUCAAGAGUUUGUAUUGAAGGAUGUUGAGCUGUGGGGUUUUACGCACGCAUCUCAAUACCUUACAUGAAGCAAAAGAGUACAGUUUGUUAUUGUGUUAUAACUUUAUAUAAUGGGGUUAUUUGAAAGACCAAUUCUUUCAUUUUAAUUUAUUUUUUAUUUCACUAAACAUGUACGCAUGUAUGUAUGGUGAUGGUUCAUGGGUUGGUUGAAAUUAUAUUCAAUAUUUAUCUAACUUGUGUU